AUGAUCCUCCGCGACAGCACCGGUGGGAUAGUUUUCUCCGCAUGCAGAAAUCUCCUGAGCUGUGCGAGUCCAUUGCAAGCUGAGUUAGCUGCGUGCCUAGAGGGGCUCAAGUUUGCACUACAAUGGUCAGACUUUCCGAUCGAUGUUGAGAUGGAUUGUAAAGUCGUGGUAGAUUCCAUUCAGUCACAGUCCAUGGACAGAUCGAUGAAUGCAAUGUUGGUGAAUGAAGUGAGGAAACUUCUUGGUGAAAGGGAUAGCUCAAUUUCUCAUAUUAGUAGGAACCAAAAUGUUGUAAGUCAUAGACUAGCUACUUUUGGUCUUGUUGAAGCCCGUAUGGCUCUAUGGAUUAGUUCGGGCCCUGCUAAUGUACCACAACUUUGUAUGAAGGACCUCUCUCCUAGUUGA